GUCUGGCCUGCAGCACAUUUCUGCUUUUAUGGAACUUUUGACAAACAGCAAAUUGUAACAGAGUGUGUCUUCACUAAACACUCAGUGGAUAAAUAUGAAGCCUUCCUGCACACAAUAGUAGAUACUCUUUGCAUGCAGGUGAAGGAGCUGGAGCUGGACUGGUCUGAACAAAAGCGGCACGCUGAGACAGUGAAGACGCUGCGGAAGAACGAGCGUCGGCUGAAGGAACUGCUGUUCCAGUCGGAGGAGGACCAGAAGAACCAGCAGAGGAUGCAGGAGCUGGUGGAGAGGCUGCAAAACAAGAUGAAGGCCUACAAGAGACAAGUAGAGGAGGCCGAGGAACAAGCUAACAUGAACCUGGCAAAGUACAGGAAGACCGUGCACGAGCUGGAUGAUGCCGAAGAGAGGGCGGACAUUGCUGAAUCAGCGCUCACCAAGAUUAGGACCAAGAACAGAGGAAGCUUCGGCAAGGGAUACUCCUCCGGUUACAGCACUCCGUACCCAGGCCGAGUCCGGUCACCCAGUUCAGUGGGCUCGGAAGGCGGAGGAGAUCCUCAACGAUGACGAGGAGUCAGUCAGCUCCCUCAUCCCAGCCUAUCUCAACUCCCUCAAGAAGCUCAUGAUUGAUUAGGAGCAUGGCUUCAAUUUCACCAUCAUCCCCCAGAAGUGAAGCAUGGUACAGUAUGAAGUUUGAAACAUCCAAAAGGUUCCAUGGGUGGAACCUGACUUUUUUUUGUGUAUGCUGUACAUUCCUGUUGCGUUUUCUACAAUGUACUUGUGGCUUCCUCUCUGAGUGAAAGCUCAUAGCCCUGACACAUUCCAGCUUUAUAUCCCCUUUUUAUCCAUUUAUACUGUAACAUUUGUAUGUAAAAACUAAUAAAUGUAUUUCUAAGUGUUCCAGAUUUCCAAAUAUCUAAAGAACAAUCCUCAGGCUGAUUCUCAGUCUGGAACACACCAUUUUAUAUGAGAUAUUGUAUUUGUUUAAUACAUAAAAAGCCAGACAAGACAAAGCAUCAAUAGUUACAAAAUAAAGCUGGCACCCAGAAACUGCAGUUCCUCUAAUGGCCACACGAGGCUGUUCAAAAAGCAAGUCAAUCCACUACAGACUUCCAAAUCAAAAUGUGCAACUUUACUGUACUGACAUAUAUACAGGGUGGCUGAGGCUAUUCCAGACAUUUGUGCUUUAGCAGAUAUCCUUCUCUUUCUGUAAACAUGCAGAGUUUAUGGAUGCAGCUUGCUAAUCAAGCCUGCUAGCAUUAGUAUUUACACUUCCUGAUUUCUUAGAUUUUCAAAUAUUUGUCACACACUCAUGUUUCAGAUCAAACACACGUGGACAAAAGUAACUGAAGUAAACAGAAAAUACAGUUUUUACAUGAUGAUUUCAUUUAUUAAGGAAAAAAGUAAACAAAAGCACCGGGGGCUAUGUGAAAAAGUAACUGCCCCUCAAACAUAGUAACUGGUUUGAGGGGCAGUUACUUGGGAUGGAGCGUUUUUCAUACAUUUCCAGGAAGGAUGUUGUUCCUCUUAGUAAAUAAGCUCAAUAUUUAAAAUCUGCAUUUUGUAUUUAUUCCGGCUCUCUUUUUCCGAUGUGAUCAUCAGGAAACUACUGUUUGUAGUCAAGAUUUCCUACAUUUAAGCAAAUGCAUGACAACCUUUAAGAUAAAUAAGGUUCAAACUGGCUGCAGUAUUUAUUAAACCAUACAUGCGAGAGGCUACAGGGAAGUUUUUGAGUCCGUACAUAAGUGGUGACUUAAAUACAAAACACUUUUUUUCAUGAUUAACUUUUGCCUUAUAAAUGACUUCAGUCACUAUCAUAAAGUGCUGCUGGGGUGCUGUCAGCACAUGGAGUAGUUUAGGCCAUUAAUGUCAGUGUAUUUUCAGAUUUCAAAUGUAUCUGUCUGAACUUUUCACUGACUAAACCUGUAACAAGACCUGACCAAAUAUGCUGUUGAAUGUGAAUAUGUUUUUUUAAGGAAAUAAAAGACCUUUUCUUCCCAUUAACUCUGUUUUCUUGC